AUGGAGGAAUCAAGCCAACCGUUGCGAUAUGUCGAUAUCGGUAUCAACUUGAGUGAUCCAAUGUUCAGUGGCACAUAUCAUGGAAAGAAAGCCCAUGAAUGUGAUUUAGACGACGUGAUUCAACGUGCUCGGGAAGUAGGCUGUGAGAAGUUCAUGGUCACAGGCUCUGACCUCGUCGAGUCUGAAGAGGCUGUUAAAAUUGCCCGAAACUACCCCGGUUUCUGUUACGCCACUGUAGGCGUACAUCCCUGUCAAGCAAAGCUCUUUGAUUCCCACCCUGGAGGUCCUACGAAGAUGAUUGAGGAGCUUCGCAAACUGGCAAUUGAGUCUAGAAAAGCCGGCCUGACUGUUGCUUUUGGUGAAAUCGGACUUGACUAUGAUCGCUUAUUCCACAGUGAGAAGGCACCUCAAUUGAAGUAUUUCGAAGCUCAACUGGAUCUUGCGGUUGAACUUGGGAUGCCACUUUUCUUGCAUUCACGUGCUGCUAGUGAGGACUUUGAGAGAUUACUUUCAGCCAAGUUGCCACACCUACCGAAGGGUGGACUUGUGCAUAGCUUUACGGGAACAAUGGAAGAAAUGCAAAGGCUUGUCGCUUUGGGGGUUGAUAUUGGUGUGAAUGGCUGCAGUAUGAAGACUGAGGAGAAUUUGGAAGUUGUCAAGGCUGUGCCGUUGGAACGCCUCCAAAUUGAAACUGAUGGGCCUUGGUGUGAGAUUCGGCCUUCCCAUGCAUCUGCGAAAUUUUUAACUGGCGCUCCGGAACUUCCCAAGUCGGUUAAGAAAGAGAAAUGGCAGAAAGGCUCCAUGGUUAAGGGUCGCAAUGAACCCGUUGCUAUUGCUCGUGUUGCUCAUGUUAUUGCUCACGUCAAGGGGAUUUCCGUGGAGGAAGUUUGUGAAGCUGCCUGGAAUAAUUCGGUGAAGAUGUUUGGGCUGGGUGUCAACAGUGUGUAA